AUGGAUGCGCGGUCGUGGACGCUGGUGAUGACGAUGAUGGCGCUCACGUGGGGGGUGAGGAUUGAACGCGCGGGCGCGGGGAGCGCAUUCGUGCAACAGCCCGCGGUGGGCGACGUCGGGUUUCACGGCUCGCCGGGACCGGUCGGUCGAGUUGGGCACGCGUCGGUGGUGACGGAUGACUCCAAGGUGUUCGUGUUCGGCGGACGGGCGAAGUCGUCGAACGGGGAUCUGUUGAACGACUUGUGGCUGUACGACUGGGAGACGGGCUCGUGGGUGUCGUACGUCCCGAACGAGCUGAUGUGCGAUCAGUGCUCGACGUGUCAAGCGACCGGGUCGACGUGUCACGAUUGGACGGGAUUGCGUCCGUACACGUCUCCCCAGCUCGCGGAGGGAAAAAAUAGACAGGAUAGACCGAUUCCUAGCGGGCGAGUGCACCACUCCAUGGCGCUCGUUCUCAAUCGGGACACCGGCUCGCGAGAGACGGUCGUUAUGUUUGGUGGAGAGAGCAUCGACUGCACAGAUUAUUGCGACGAUCUGUGGCAUUACAAUAUUCCAAAUAAUUUGUGGACGAAGAAAGAGUUUACCGCCGGUGAUGAGGUUCCGAUUAGACGAUGGAAGCACGCAAUGACCGAUUACUACGACGCAGUGUUCAUGUUUGGAGGACAUUCGCAGAGAAAGCAGACGACGGCCACGGCGAUGGCAAACAUCAGCUCAGAUGAGGCGUUUUACUACGACACCGACGCCGUCUUUGAAGACGACAACCCGCUCUUCUUAGAUGACCUCUGGGUGUACAAUGCCACAGAACGCGUUUGGGAUCGGCUCGUGCCCCAGUGCAAGGUCUAUGACGACGUGCAAGGCAUCAUAAACUCGACUGCCUGCACGAACACGACGCUUGAACCUGAUGGCACGGCAGAGCGGGACGUUUAUGGACCGCGUCCACGUCUCGGUGGAAGCCUUGUCUGGUUGCACACGAACUGUAAGGAUUGCGUAUGGGGUCGCAAUAGCACAUCAGACGUAGACUAUGACUUCAUUUAUCUCUUCGGAGGAUUCGCCUACGGAGGCUCUUCAAACUACGAGGAGCUGUACCCGACGGGUGAACAGGAUAUGUAUCCAUCGCUGGAGUCGAAGUAUUUCUUGAAUGACGUUUGGAGAUAUGACAUAGCGGAGAACACAUGGGAGGAGCUGAAGCCGCUCACAUCCAACCCACGGCGACCCGUACCAAGGCAGGGACACUCUGCCACUGUUGUAGUGAAGGAUGGACAGUCGAUGAUGCUAGUUCAUGGUGGACAAACUUGGCAAGACGAGAUUGGCGACUUUUGGCAGUAUAACUUCUCCUCAAACGCUUGGAUUGAGAUAGUAUCAGAAGAGUAUCCCUCGCGGCGGUAUGGUGGAACUAUGGUCCAAGUUGGCCAGGCAUCCGUGACGAGAUCGGGGACGACACGCCAAUCCGGUAGAGCGCUCAUAUUUGGAGGACACGGUUGUUUAAAAGGUAAAUCGUACAGCGAGGCCGCAAUCGCAGCCGCGACUGCCGGAACGGGAACGGGAACUUCUGCUAGAACUUACGUCAAUGAAGUGGGUGAAAUCGUGAACUGGGCAACGAAAUAUUCAGUGAACGCAGAGGGGAAGCUCGUGGUGGAUGGAGCUGUCCUCGAGGACGCCGGUGAUCCGGUCUUCUUAGCCGCAACGGAUGGUACGACGGAAGUACAGACUGUGACAGGGUACGGCGAAACAAUUUGUACUGAGAUACUUUCUGACUUGUGGCAAUAUCUUCCUGACGAGUGCCCAAAUGACUGCUCUCGAGCUGGCACGUGCAGUUUCAAUGUGUGCAUAUGUCGAGGUUCGUUUUACGGUGCUGAUUGUUCAGAGCCGUAUUGUCCUGAUUCAGAAUGUUAUUUCGAUGACGUGGCUCGAGAGAUGGUUUGUACUCACUGCAACGGUCGAGGUGAAUGCGUCGAUGGCACGUGCACCAACUGCGAAUAUCCAUCGACAGGCGAAAGAUGUGAGGAUAUUGCUGGCCUUUGUCCGGCCGACAACUGUACGUGUUUUGAUAGCGUGGGAGCGCCUCGGCCGGCAGACUGUGAAGAAACGGUCACGGAGUGCGAAAAGAACCCGUCAGGAUCGAGUUCUCGUACUCAAGACUGCUCUGGUAACGGAUACUGCAUCAAUGGAGUGUGCGAAUGCUUCCCAGGCUUCACCGAUAGCAAGCUGGUUAUCAAGUCGGGCGAUGUGUUUAUCCCCGCUCGAGACUACGUUAAUAACACCGUGAUCCCUGCUCCAGAGUGUGGCUACGAUGAGACCGCGCCCAAUUUGUACAAUCCUGCGUUGGUGACCGAUGCGUGCAAACCGAAGUUGUAUGCGGACUGCGGCGACUUUCUUUACCAAGUGGCUGGUGCAAGCGCUGGACAUGUGCUCAUCACCGUCCUAAUAUCCACGUUUGUGCUCGAAGUCUUGCUGAAUCUAUCUUAG